CUACAGUCACCAACAGCAGAUCGGGGCGGGUGCUACCUGCUCCACAGGCGGCCGAGGCGGAGCGCGGCGCUGCUCGAGCUGCAGCACCAUGUUCCAGGGAGCCGAGGCCGAGAGCAGCAAACCCAGCUCCAGGGUCCUGAAGCCCCCUGGAGGAGGGUCCAGUGAUCUCUUUGGAAGUGCAGAAGUUUCUUCUCCCAGCAAACCUCACCGAAUGGCGUCCAACAUCUUUGGAGCAUCAGAAGAACCACAGAACCUUCCAAAAAGAACAAACCCUCCAGGGGGAAAAGAAAGUGGUAUUUUUGAGGAUUCUGGCACUGCUCAGCCUCGUCCACGUCUGAAUCCGCCUGGUGGGAAGACAAGUGACAUCUUUGGCUCUCCAGUAUCUGCCAGUGUUGUGCGAGCGCAUCCCAACAAGCCAAAGGAUCACAUCGUCUUGAAGGAAGAUGAAACACCAAAGAAGCCGGAAGCUGCAGAAAAUAACAAACCACGGCUGGAAGAUGGCGGUGAGAAAAAAGAUGUGGGCAAAGAGGAGCGAUGCAAGGAGCCAGAACCCAAGAUAGACAAUCACGAGCCCAGGUUGGGGCCAAGGCCACGCUCACACAACAAAGUCCUCAAUCCCCCGGGUGGAAAAUCCAGCAUUGCGUUCUAUUAGGGUCAUCUGUUCCCUUUCACUUACGGAGUCUGCACAGAAACUCUGGUCUGUGAUUGUGAGGUCAGUUUUCAGGGUAUUGUUUGUGGGUAGAUCCUUAGGCUGAUGGAUGAGAGUUGUGCUAAUGUGUAUGGAAAAGAAACCCGGUGAUUUGGGGUUGAUGAGGGAGGGAGGGAUGAGGGGGGGGAAGGGAUGAGCGCUGUGGAAGACAGGAGUGUGGGACUGCCGAGGUGGGUGGUGGAGGGGAACAUUAAUGUAACUUAGUGAAAGAGCAGUGCUGCUUUGUGGUGAGUUCAUUGGGCUGGGAAGCGGCUCAGGACGCACUGGUGGAACUGGGCUCCUCUGUACAGUCAACAUGUGAAAUGUGAAUGGGUCAGGACCUGGAGGUCACAUCGGGAAUAUCUUGAAGCAAAGCAGGUAGGCUGUGCUUUUUUUCUUGGCAGUAGGAGAGACGGCUUCACAGUGCGAGUUGACUUGCAGUUGCUUUAAUGUAAAUAGUUCCACUGGAACAACUAGUGCUGCCGUGUUCUUGAGAGUCUUUAAUCUUUAGUUCUCUUUUCUUUCUUCCUUCACAGCAUGUGAUUGCUGAUACGAGGGCAAACACUCUGAAGGUCUCUUAUACUCUCAUAAAUCACCAUAUGUUGAUAGAUACCUUGAUUUAUUCUUUUUUCCCCUCCCCAAAGCAUUCAGGCCUUUCUUCUGCCUUCAGCAAUCUGCUGGUUGCUAUGAGUAGCUCUAGAUAAAUGAUAACACCAGUCCAUUUUACCGUUUCUUGUAGGUGCUUCUAGAAGACAUUGAGGAAAGUAUCAUGGUUGAGUGCUUGCACACUUUAUGGAUAAGAUGCGAGUGCAAGCAGUGGCUUAAUAGUACUCUUUGAACAGAAACAUUUGGUCUACGGUUACUGUAGAUUAUAUGCUGAGAUGUCCAGCCAGCUGGCUUUGAUAACCCAACCUGUAUAGAAAUGCCUUAGUUUCUGCAGUGGUGGUUUACUUUUAUAUGCUGUGGAAACCAGAACUGUUAUACUGUCUUCACCACAGUGCAUUGUUUCAUUUGCCUGUGCUGACUGGUAAUGAAUUCUCAGCCUCAGUCAGCCUUGCUUUUGCCUUUGACUGCUCAGAUUUUUGUUGCUAAGGAUGAAAGCUACUUGAAUUCUUCCCAAACCAUGACUGUAGUUGUUUGAGUCAUACUGUAGACUAUCCUAGUUGGAGAAGCAAAGACAAUACAGCCCUUUUGUUGAUGCUGGCUUUCUUAAAUCAUGUUUGGAAGAUGUGCAUUUAUUGAACAAGAGUAUGUGGGGAGGGCAGCUCCCACCAUUAAUGCUCUGAAUGGGCUUUCUGAUCAUAUUCAUUGCUUUCAUAUUUGAAUGUCAACAUGAAGUGCUUAGGCAGCUCGGUGUAUUUAGUAGUGACUCUUUACAUUUGCCAUAUCAAAGCAGGAGUUGUUCAGGUACACCAAAGAACAAGUGGCCUUAUCUGCGUAUAUUCACUGCUGUUCUAACCCAGGUUCCCUGAGAACUGCUGCUGUUUAGAGGGAACUUCCUCUGGGUCAGGUGCUAAAAACACUCGGAUUGUGGUGCUUAUUAGUCUGUUCUGUUUAUAGACCGCUCUGUUUAGUUUGUCAGAAGUGGUGGAUGACUGUGUUGCAAGACUUAGUUGCCUUUUCAGAUUGUGAAAGUGAAGUGUAUGGGGCAAUACUAAGGGUCUAAAUAGCUGUGGGAUUCUAACUUAAACCUCAGAUUACGUUUAUGCUACUUCCAAACAUGUAUUUCCCAGCAGCUUUUCUCAAGUCUGUGCUGCUGUGCCUCUGGCUGAGCUUCAGACCCUUCUGUUUCAAUACCUCUCAGACAGGAUUUUACCAGGUAACUAGAUUUAAAAGAACAGCACAAACCUCAACCAGAAGCUGCUUUCUGCAUUGAAGGAUCCGGUACCGUUGAUGUCUCUAAUGCUGAGCUUAGGUUUGUCAUCUCUUAGUGCAUUGGCUGCAGUGCCUGUCUUUUAAACAAACUUCAAACUGGGCCUUUAUGUUGGUUAAACUGUUUGUUUUCAUGCUUCUUUUUGUUCGGUAUCUAAACCACAUCUCAGUUCUUCAAGUCAGCUUGAUUAGAACCUUUCUCUGCCACAGAAAAUGAACUGAAAUCAAAUGCUGGACCAUGCACUUGUCAAUAAACGUCUGUAUUUUGCUACUUCA